AUGGCUCAACCAUUCUACGGAGACAUCCAAUCAUAUGAUAUACACACUUACUGGAACAACAAUAACCAAGGGGAAAGGCAAUUUGCUUAUAAUCUCAGAGAAAAGGUGUUAAAAGAGUUUGACAGGGACAUCAAAAAUGGUGACAUUAGAGUGUACAAGUUCCACGACAAACCCAUUGGGCCUCAUACGUUGAACAUGUGGGAACUAGACUUUAGGAAGCCAGAGUUGUUUGUAAAACUUGUCCCUUAUUUUCAAUUGAACCAUGGCAAGUUAUCUGUUUUGAUUCAUCCUAGGACAAGCCAAGGGGAUCUCAAAGACCAUACUGAUCAUGCACUUUGGCUUGGACAUAAAUUGCGUUUAGAUACCAGCUUCUUAGAAGAUUAG